UUUCAAUUCCACAAUAAUAAGCUGCUUGCGACGCCUGUUCAGGCACCACAAUUACAGACUGCUACAUAUUCCCAGUGUUGUCCAGUCCGUCUCUUUUCGACCCUGACAGUUCUCCCCUUGCCUUCACCGGCGUUUCCCUACUAUUGCCAAUCAAACCGAGCUUACUCGCGCUGGGUAACAGGCGCCUCCCUUGCCGGUCACUAUGGCAGCUAUCCUCAAACUAACCCGAAAAUACCCCCAGUUCCAGCAGAACGAAAUCUUCCAAUUGCAAGAUGCAUUUCGAAAACUGGACGUCGACGAUAAGGGGUAUCUAGACGAAGCCACCGUCAUCAAGGCCACCCAGCAGUCCGAGAGACAAUCCUAUGAUGUUGUCAGACAAGCGCUCAAAGAGGUGGAACUUGACAGCUCGAGACGAGUAGAACUCGAAGAUUAUGUCGACCUCAUUUCGAAAGUGCGCGGCUCUCCACCGACUCAGCAGCGUAUACCGAGCGGGUCAGUACGACCGGGUGCGGGCAAUGGCGCUCCUACGCCUGGACACGCUUCAAAGCCCAGUCUCGGAGGAGGGGCAGGGAAGAUUCAGGUCCAAGGCUCUUCUGCAAACGUUACACACACUAUAAACGAAGAAGAAAGAACUGCUUUCACCACCCACAUUAAUGCCGUCCUUGCCGGUGAUCCGGACAUUGGCCAUCUAUUGCCUUUCCCGACCGACACCUUUGAAAUGUUCGACCACUGUAAAGAUGGCUUGGUGCUGGCAAAACUCAUCAACGACAGCGUUCCGGACACAAUCGAUGAACGUGUGCUAAACACGCCAGGCAGGAAGAUCAAGACACUCAACGCCUUCCACAUGACGGAGAACAACAACAUUGUCAUUGAGUCUGCCAAAGGUAUCGGUUGUUCUGUGGUCAAUAUUGGUAGUGGUGAUAUCAUCGAGGUUCGAGAACAUCUGAUUCUUGGUCUCAUCUGGCAGAUCAUCCGACGUGGUUUGCUGGGCAAGAUUGAUAUCAAGCUACACCCCGAACUUUAUCGGCUCCUCGAAGAUGAUGAAACUCUCGAGCAAUUUCUCCGACUUCCUCCCGAGCAGAUCCUCCUGCGGUGGUUCAACUACCACCUCAAGAAUGCUGGCUGGCAUAGGCGAGUUAACAACUUCUCUGGAGACGUCAAAGAUGGUGAAAAUUACACGGUUCUUCUCAACCAGCUGAAGCCCGAUAUAUGUUCCAGGGCUCCUUUACAGACCAGAGACCUCUUACAACGAGCCGAGGAAGUCCUUCAGAAUGCCGAGAGGAUCGACUGCAGAAAGUUUUUGACUCCCACGGCCUUGGUAGCAGGAAACCCCAAGCUCAACCUUGCCUUUGUCGCCAACCUCUUCAACACUCACCCUGGUCUGGAUCCUCUUACAGAAGAAGAGAAACCCGAUAUCGAAGACUUCGAUGCCGAAGGUGAACGCGAAGCUCGUGUCUUUACUCUCUGGCUCAACAGCAUGGAUGUUCAACCCACGAUCAACAACUUUUGGGAAGAUCUCCGUGAUGGCACAAUUCUGCUUCAAGCCUAUGACAAGGUUAUUCCUGGCAGUGUCAACUGGCGUCACGUCAACAAGCCUCCAGCCCAUGGCGGUGAAAUGUCUCGAUUCAAGAUGGUGGAAAACACCAAUUACACUGUCGAAUUGGGCAAGCAGAACCACUUCUCGCUCGUUGGUAUUCAAGGUGCCGAUAUCACCGACGGGCAACGAACACUUACCCUGGGUCUUGUCUGGCAGCUCAUGCGUCGUGACAUUGUCAGCACAUUAUCAGGUGUUGCUCAACGCAUGGGUAAGAGAGAUCUUUCCGACUCCGACAUGAUUAGAUGGGCAAACGACAUGUCUAAAAGAGGUGGUAAGAACUCUGCGGUGCGAUCUUUCAAGGAUCCAGCUAUUACCAGUGGUGUCUUCCUUUUGGAUGUUCUCAAUGGUAUGAAGAGUAAUUACGUCGAUUAUGACCUCGUGACUCCUGGAAAGUCGCAAGAUGACGCCUAUGCCAAUGCCAAACUAUCCAUCAGUAUUGCCAGAAAGAUGGGAAGCACAAUUUACCUUUUGCCAGACGAUAUCGUACAAGGUCGAGCUCGGUUGGUGACAACUUUUGUCGGUGCAUUGAUGAGAACAGCCGAGAAGAUGGGCGCAUAAGGUACCUACCUUUUGUGUUUAUCUCAGUAUCAGGGCCUUCUUGCUGGGCUCUUGGAAGCGCUGGCUUGGACGGAGAACCCAAGAAGAAGAGGUCUAAUUUUUCAAAACUCAGGCCUUGUUGUAUACCUUUCCUGGACCAGCAAGUGGUGUCAGUCCGUAUGGGACGCGGAGACAGGGAAACACGGGCAGGGAGGACGAUGAUGUGUCUCACAAAAAAGGCCUUGGUUGUUGAACAAUUCAAGCCCACCAUCAAUUUUGUUGUCUCGAUUAAGCCUACUUUGUUUACCUGGUACUUACGAGAACAUUUUCUUUAGAGAGAAAAAGAAAUUCAUUCCUAAGAUUCGGCUCGAGUGAUAAGAUGCUGACACUUUCGCUCUCUAUCUCGUUCGAUCCUACUACGUAGCCUCAAUGGACCUUGGCUUCAGGUCUCUCGAGAACAUCAUGGUCUACCAUCAGAGGCGCAAUGUCACAGUGUAUGUAUGUGUCGUUGCUGACGACAAUGAUUUCAAGUUUCCCUGUCUGCCCUAUUUGGUUUGUUGUCUGCCUGGUCUUGUUCUUUGGGCUCUGACAUGGGUUCGAUUCAGAAGUUUUUGGGGGUUCCAUGAUCACAUCCUGGAGAGAAAAGGAGAGAGACACGUCGCCAGGGCGUGUCCUUUUUGUCCCCAGGUUUUGGUUCUUGACUCGACUCCACCUGACCACCCGACUCGAACCCGGCCUGGGACCGAGUAUGGUCCACAUCAAAUCACAAGUGUUCCUCGAACCACUGCACGGCCUGCAGGAAGGCAUUCUCCUUGGCGUACUGGGCGACCCGGUUCUUGGGGUCCCCCCGGACGGCGAACCCGUGCUCGACCCCGCUGUACAGGUUGAUCUGGUAGGGGAAUCCCAGGUCCUUCAGGAUGGUCUCGGUCUCGUGCCGCUUCUCGGUCGGGAAGAUGUGGUCGGUCUCGGCGGCGGAGAUGGCCAGGGGACCCUUGAGGUCUCGGAGCUCGUCGGCCUGGACGAACGAAGGGUGGGCCGUGUAACCGACGUCGAUCUUGCCGGCGUCGGGUCGGAGGUGACGGACGACGUAUUUGCCGCCGAAACAAUAUCCCACGGCACCGAUUUUCUUUUUUGAACAGAAAAAAACGACGCGAUUCGAGUUAGCCGGAACGAUGCAAGGAAGUGGGGACGUGACAGGAAUUGAAUGCGAGGAAGAUUGAAUCGAUGAAGACCGAACUUGGGUGGACAAUAGGACUGUGAAAACUCAAAAGUACAAACCAACCUUGCAAUUAUAUUUCGUCCUCAUUUCGACCAGACAAGAAUCGACAAUCGGAUCUACCGUCGGUGGCGUGUGUGGGGUUUUGGAUUCGCUGUAUUCCCCCUGCAUCCACUUCAUGAUGUCAAAAUCUCCAGGACGAUCGAGCGGGAUGGGAUCCUUGUGGAACAAAUCAGGCAUCAUGACAAAGUAUCCGUUGGCGGCGAAUUGGUCCGCGAUGAGGUUCGCAUUGAUGAAACGAUGACCGAUCACGUCGGUGAUGCUGACACCCGACACAGGCAGUCAGUUGUCAGUAUAAGAAUUACCAAUACCAAUGUGCGAGAAGUGGUGAUACGAGGUAUGGAUGAAAAGAACAUGAACACACACAAAGAUUGCAGGACUUACAUCAAGAUACCUUUUUCUGUACUCUUGUUUUCGGGAUAUUUGGUGUAGAUUUCAAAAUCACCCAAGGUGGAAAACUCUCCCGUCGCGGUACCUUCGUGCUUGACACCCUGGUAACAACAUUUUCCCGGUGGAUGGGACGUCAUGUUUGGAAAGUGAUGAUGAUGAUGAUGAUUUGUGUGUAAAGAGAAAGAUACAGAUGGAUCAAAGAUGAGGGGUUUUUUUUUGGUGUGAAUAUGAAGAGAAGAUGACGAAGAUGGAAGUUUUUAUGGGCAGUUGGUUUAUCGUCAAGUGAGAGAAGGAUGUGACAAAAAGAUAAUGGUAGUAGAGGAGGAGGAGGAAGAUGGAGGAGGGGGGGCGGCGGAUGGCCUAGG